UUUCCGAGCUGCCCUUGAAGGCAUCAUGGGAGCAGCUCGUCUCGGUGGUGCCAGCGUGCCAACAGCAGCUCAGCUCCCCUUGAGAAAAGUGAAAGCCAACGCCCCACUGUCAGCUCCUCAGCUCCUAGACCCGGCCCUAAACCUCCCUCCUCCUCACUCCUCCACACACACACACACACACACACAGAGAGAAAGCAGAGUUUCUCCGGAGCUGCCGUGGUCACGACUCUGCUCAACCAGUGGACAUUUCACGGAGACUUUUUACACCGGAGAAGUUGAUAUUCAUCCGACUGGAAGGAGAAACUAACUAACGGUCAACGCUUAGCAACGGUCAACUGUUAUUAACGGUCACCACACAGCGGGACUAGUUUGUUUAUUCAAACGUCGGUUGCUCGUCGGUUAGUGGAGAUAAAAGGCUCCAACACGAACACACACAGUCGGUGUAUAUAUAAUACGUUAGUUUGUUAACAGAAUGGCUGAUACAAGCGCGCCCGGCUCCGGUGCCAGCGUCCUGGAGCGGCUGAAAAGUUACGUGAAGACCCAGAAAGGGUUCAUCCUCAUGGCAGAGAUAGUCUUGAGUUUGAUUGUCGUCAUCUGCUACGGUUCAGCUAUAUAUGGAGGCGGCUACAGCGCCUUAGGAAUCUGCGAGAUGAUCUUCGCCAUGGUCUUCUUUGCCAUCUUCAUGAUGGAGUGGGACAAGCAGUUCCAACUGGUCAACUGGGUCUGGAGCGAUCUUUUCCGUGCUGGUAUCGGCGCAGUCCUUUACCUCAUCACUUCUCUGAUCUGCGUGAUUUCAGGGCACGGAGACGGCGCUCGCAUCGCAGGCGGGGUAUUUGGUUUGAUCGCCGGCCUGGUGUUUGCCUAUGACACCUACACCAUCUUCUUGCAAGUCAAGAGCACCAGGCAGCACACGGCAGCUUCCACCGACGACAGAGUUUAAACACUCCAAGACACGUGUACUUCUGCCAAGAACGCAGCAGAAGAACAAGGAGGAAUUUGUGCAGAAGUUAACAGGAGAGUGGAUCAGAGAGGACGAUGGACAGUACAAUGAACAGGUCACAGUUUAAUCAAUGCCACUGUACGGUGUGUGAACAGACCAGAGAUAUAUUUUAGGGCCGUGCCUGAGUGGAGGAUGACGUAGUGAGUGGUACUGUACAUCUGUGCCUGCACGUCAAGACAGAAUUGUCUACUACAUGAGGAAUUCCCCUCACAAACUUACUUCAACCUCAAUGUACCACUGAUUUAAAUAAGGGAAAACUGUAAAUAAUAGGCAAUGGUUGUCAUCAAGCAGCUUGUCUAAUACCCGUCUACUGUUUAAUGGACUGCUGUAGUAAGUAGUAACUGUGUCAUUUGGACUUUAGAAGUAACUGACACAUGAAUGGGUGUUUUAGGAAAUUGUUUAACAUCAUAUUUAUGCACUUCUUGAGUGUGUUUCCUGUAUUUACAGAGAGGUGGCCAAAUAUUUCCUUCUCUGUUAUUUAAUCGUUGCUCUUUAGAGUGGUGCCCACGUGUUACUGUGCCUUAAAGUCUCAUUCAGAUUAACCAGAUCCUACACCUUAUUCAUCUUAUAUUCUUGAAGCAUAAACGUCUGAAGUGCCCUACUGUCAUCGAUCAGCAGUCUUUUGGCUGUUUUUCUACUAAUUAGAGUUUAGCCUGCAUCAUUAGAGGUGUUAGAUGUCUAAUUAACCAACAUGUUCCAUAUUUGAGUUACAGUGUCAUCCUCCCGUUUAUACUUUGAUUCUUGCUCAGGUUGUUUUUCUUUUUCUUACAUUUGUAAUACAUUUUUAAGAUACAGAAUAUUUUUCUGUAGACAUUUUAUACAGUCCAAUAGUACAGUCCAGUUUUUUUUGGUUCAUAUUUUUUUUUGAUGAGGCAGAUAGAAAAAGAAAAAUUGCAUAGUUGGAAUUUUACGAUGUGAAUAUCACAAUUUUAAUACAUUCUGUAACUGUUUCCUCUACCUUUUGUUGGUUAUUUGUCCAAGUAGAAACAUUGCCGUAUUAUUUUUUUUCUAACAUUAUUUACAAGAGUCUGCCGUUUGUAAUUUCAAAAUUCAGAGCAGCGUUGCUUUGGGAAAUAAAAGCCAUUGAUACAACAAAGAAAA